AUGCAACUUCAACUUCACAGCAAUACAGCCCCGAAUGAGGAUACGUGGGCGUUCAAACCGAUCGGGUCGCCAUUUCCGGACAAUCCUGUCAAAGUGCUGGGCCAGCAGAACAUGUACGUCGCACUGUGGUACAAGAACGGAAAGCCGGUGCACGGCUACGCAUGGAACGAUGCUGGCGUUGUACAAGCUUCAUUUCCGUACGGCAAGGCUGAGCUCACAGGGAAAGUAGAUCUUGGCGGCAUGAUUCAGGUACGUUGA